AUGGAGAACUCUGCGUCAAGCAUUAAAGAUUCCAACACGACCAUAGUCCAAGGGCCCAUAACUCCGCGGGACUCCCAUCCAGAAUGUGGUCUACUUCUAGCAGAGCCGGUAUACACAGAGGAAGUAUUUGAGACUCGAGGGAACAGCCUAUGCACCAUUGGAAAUGGACUAUUCCUGGGCAGUGGUAUGAUUCUAGCUCUUGCUGGGCCAGGCGGUGCUGUUGUUGCAUACUUGCUUAUGGGGACGGUGGUCGGCGCUGUAAUAUCGUGCCUGGGAGAAAUGACCGCCUUGAUGCCAGUCAAUGCACCGGUAAUGGAAUUCCCACGGAGGUUUCUCGAUCGUGGGGUGGGCUUUGCUGUUGGCUGGACAUAUUGGUUCGCCUAUGCGGUUGUAGCUACCCACAAUAUGGUGGGUGCUGCAGAAACAGCCCAAUAUCGCUAUAUGGACGCAAAGACAAAUGUCACUUGGGAAGUAGGGGAGAGGGUCGAUACUGCAGUGUGGAUCACCGUUUUCAUCGUUCUUAUCGCAUUGAUAAAUCUAUUUCCCGUUAAGUAUUUUGGUAUGCUCGAGUACGUUGUUGGGAGCGUCAAAAUGAUAUUCAUCAUCCUUCUCAUUGUAAUGAUGGUUAUUCUCAGUGCAAUGAGUCCAAGGAAGUCUGCGUACUAUCAGAAGCCACUCGGAACAAAGUAUUGGGACUCCCCGUACUCGUUCUUCAACCCAGAAUACCAUGUAAAAAACAAAGAUGGCUCCGUCCGAGUCAUAGAUGGAGGUUUGGGGAGGUUUCUGGGAGUUUGGAAUGCAUCCGUAAACGUCAUAUACUCAUAUGUGGCUGUGGAUAUAUUUGCGGCGACGGCAGCAGAAAGUAAAUCCCUGGCUGACUCGGAGUGCAUGAAGAUGGCCGCCAGAAAGAUAACACUCCGAAUUAUCGUUUUAUACGUACUAGCAAUGCUGACAUGCUCCUUUCUCGUCCCCUACGACCAUCCGUUCCUCAAUGGAAAAGUGGGCUCACUAGCAACCGAGUCGCCAUUUGUGAUUGCAGUCGUUGAAGCAGGUCUUCCAGCCGCAGGAGAGUUUUUCAACGGGAUGUACCUGUUUUCCUCUUUCACCUGCGCUGUAAACUCUGUAUAUGUUGCGUCACGGGUGUUGCAUACUUUAGCUCUCAGAGAUCAAACGGGGCCUGAGUUCAUAACCAAGCGGCUGCAGCAAUGUCAUGCUGGAGUACCAACGAGAGCUGUACUGGCGACAGUAGCCAUACUGGCUUUGGGGUACCUGGGACCCGGCACUGGUCCAGGCGACCGGCUACGUGAGCUUUCAUCUAACUGCACGGUCUCAUUUCUCAUUGUAUAUGGGAUUAUAUGCGCGACAUACCUCCGCUUCUACCAAACUCUCCAGGAGGCCAAUUCACUUGGUAACACCGCCGAGUCACAAAAUGGCGUAUAUGAUCGCCAAAAUCCACGAUAUCCAUAUAAAUCGCAUGGACAGUGGUUGAAGGCCUGCUAUGGGACGGUGUCAUGUUUUAUACUGCUCCUUUUCAACGGGAUACCAGCGUUCCUCAAGGACCCGUUUGACGUCCGGGCUUUUAUUGUUUCAUAUAUUAGUGGGUUUGUGACAAAUAGCUGCCGGUCUUCAUCCUGCUCCUUGUUGGCUACAAGAUACGGAGACACGGGCUUCACUUCUCAUGCUGGGGUGCCGAGUGCUCGAAUGACCUGCAAAACUGCGUCCAAACAACGAGUGGAAGCCACAGGAAGGGAAGACUGA